GCAGUUAGAUUCUAUAACACGAACGGAUGGGUCGCUCUUAAGUUUUAUUAAGACGAAACGUAUCUUUAAGCGCCGAACUGUUUUUUUAUUUUUGUAUUUUUUUGUCCGAAAAGAACAUUUUUAAUAAACGAGAAAUAUUGUGUGAAUUGAUGGGAAAAUAAGAUUGGUGAUUUGUAGUGCGCGUUAUGAUUUUGCACUUAAUGGAAUUAAUUUUAUGAAUCAGAUGUACCGCCAACACUAAGUAUUACGCAUUAUUUGAAGGAAUAAAGAAACGUUAAUGUGAAAAAAGAAAAUGUUUUCUAAUUGAGUGAGUGAGUGAAAAACUAGAAAGAAAUUACCGUAGACACCAAAAUGGCCACUUCUGCGACACCUUCCAAUGGGGGAUUGGGAACGAAAAAAUCAGUUUUCGUUCUGAUAACAGUCGUCGGAUGUAUUGCAAUAUUAUGGCCAAAAAUUCUUUAUUUUGCCAUGUUUGGCGGCCAACAGACCAGCAAGGCUUUCAUUAAAGAUCAUCGGAGCGGAACAGGAUGUUGUGAUGUCGUAUUGGACCAAGACAUUUCUGCAAAUAUUUCCGAAGCCAUCGCUCAUCCGGGUUUCAGAAAACGCCUCAAUUUAAUUACUGGUGAAAUGAGCUUACGUCAGGAACGUCCACCACAUUUACGACCGGAUGGUAUUCAUCCAGCCAUGCGUGAGCGUGGUCGAGCCAUACCAGCAACAUCAACAGUGCCAAUAGUAGUGGAAGAAAAGCCCAUUCCGGCUACCGCUACACGAAUCGUCGAAGGACGUCCAGGACCGAUACCUGGGAUGCGUCCACCGAUGGGUGCAGGCUCGAAUCAUCAAGCCAACCACAAAGGGAAUAGUUUAGGUUUCAUAAUGCCACUUUAUACAGUCGGGAUUGUUGCAUUUUUUGUUUACACCAUCAUGAAGCUCGUCAUGAAGAAACCCAUCAAUAACACACCAUAUGCUGAAGCCAUUAAAUCGAAGCCUGAAUUUCAGGAUCAGGUAUUCGGUCAGGACAAAAGUGUCUAUAAGAAGAGUGAUGCAAGCCUAACAAACAUAGGAUGGAAGGACCAUGACACAAGAUGGCAUAUUAAUGGGAAUAAGCGUAACGCCGUUGACCUAUACGCAGCUAACCUUCAUCGCGCUCCCAAUGAUAGUGAGCUCGAAUAUCAAAUGAGGGAAACUGAGCAGUUGCUGGAAAUUAGUUUAUUAAAGAAAAAACUUUUGGAAACUGAACAAGCAAUGUCACGCAUCAUUGCCGAUAUGGGUUCAAUUUCAAAAGGCCAGGAUAUUACUGGCGAUCGCAAUUUACAUGCAACUAAUGGAAAUUUGAAAGUGUCUCCAGAAGAUCCGGCCAAUACUGUAAAGGAAGAUGAAGAAGUUAUACGCAAACUGAAUGAAAAGAUUAAGAUUUUAGAAAAUGGUGCGACCAAAUCGAAUGAUUUGAAGACGAAGGAUAUCCACAAUGAUAAAUCCGUGAAGGUGAUGGGAAUGGAAACCACAGAGAGCUGCGAAGGAGGGCGAAAAUGGUUACGCCCUUCAACGCCAUCAUACCAUGCCGUGAACAAUGAAAAACCAGACGCAGAGCCGCAGGCAAUAUUCUUGGAAGGCUCAUUGCCGCACGAUUCACAAAUUCUAGUUGCUGAUUCUGAGACAAAAACCGAAAAUGUCUUCGACGACGAUUUGGAUGGUGGUAAAGAAGAGCCAGCGGUUGUGAUUUGUAGUAAAAUGACCCUUUCACUGAUCAACAUGGAUCCGGUCGAUAAAAGCGGACGAAAUGCCAGCAACGACUAUGAUGAGAUUGAUGAUGACGAGGCAGAGAUCGAUGAUGACGAUGUUGAAGAGGUCGAAGAAAUUGAAGAUGAAGAAGUUGAAGAAAUUGAAGAAGUGGAAGAAAUCGAAGAAGCUGAAGACAGCGAAGAUGAGAAAGAAGUAGCGAUAGCAAAGAAAAGAGACGAGAAAGUAUCAAACGAAAAAGCCAAAUCGAAUGGAAAAGUUGAUAAAGUUGAAGAAGAAAGCGGCAGCGAAGAAGAAGUUGAAGAGGAAGAGGAGGUUGAAGAGGAAGAAGUGGAAGAAAGUGAAACUAGUGGCGACGAAUUAAAAUCUUAAGAAAUUGGUUGGUAGUGGAAGAGUCUUGACAUUGGUGAUUGGCAGUCAUAUAAAUAGCCUUAACUUCUAGUUCGCGAGACAUGCAAAACAUGGUAGCAAAAUAGAUCUAUUUCUUGUGGAAUAUGUAGUGACCCCUUCGAUCGUAUUCAUCAUAAAGAUGGACGUCCCAACACAAUUUUUGUUCGACUUAAAUGUUGUAAAAAUUGAAAAUUAAUUUUUUUAUGUGGUAAAUUGCUUGUUGCUCAAAGUGAAUAAAAUUGUAAAACAAAAUGGAAUUUAUAAUUUUAUUAUCUUGUUAUAUUCUUGCUUAAGUUUGUUAAAACAUUUUUGUUGUUUUUUUAAAUUAUUAUUGUUUAUUUAGUUAUACGAUGAAUUCUCUUUUUGGAACAUGUACAUGCAACUGUGUAACAUUAAUUUAUUUUAAUAAUUUAGUUUAUUAUUAGUACAAUGGUGUAAUGGAUAGACAACAUUUCCUGUAACAUUUUGGGUUUUCUUUUUGUAAAUAAUGUGAAAUCCUUUUUUCAAAAAUAUAAAGAAGAGAAAAAA